GGUCCUCACAGGCAAGAUGGCGGCGGCCGAGGAGCACGAUUCCUCUACAGAAGCCGUUCAGACAGCUGCGGAAGAGGAGGAAGCUAAAACAUUUAAAGACCUGGGUGUGACAGAUGUGUUGUGCGAAGCUUGUGACCAGUUGGGAUGGGCAAAGCCCACCAAGAUCCAGAUUGAAGCUAUUCCAUUGGCCUUGCAAGGCCGAGAUAUUAUUGGGUUAGCAGAAACUGGAUCUGGAAAAACAGGUGCCUUUGCUUUGCCCAUUCUUAACGCUCUGCUGGAGACUCCCCAGCGUUUGUUCGCCUUGGUCCUCACCCCUACUCGAGAGUUGGCCUUUCAGAUCUCUGAGCAGUUUGAGGCGCUGGGGUCUUCCAUUGGAGUGCAGUGUGCUGUGAUUGUUGGUGGAAUUGAUUCAAUGUCGCAGUCACUAGCCUUGGCCAAAAAACCACACAUAGUAAUAGCCACUCCUGGCCGACUGAUUGACCACUUGGAAAAUACCAAAGGCUUCAACUUAAGAGCUCUUAAGUACUUGGUCAUGGAUGAAGCAGACCGGAUACUGAACAUGGAUUUUGAGACAGAGGUUGACAAGAUUCUCAAAGUGAUUCCCCGAGAUCGGAAGACAUUUCUCUUUUCUGCUACUAUGACCAAGAAGGUGCAAAAACUUCAGCGUGCAGCACUCAAGAACCCUGUGAAGUGUGCGGUUUCCUCCAAGUACCAGACUGUUGAGAAGCUGCAGCAGUAUUACCUCUUUAUUCCCUCCAAAUUCAAGGAUACCUACUUGGUCUAUAUUCUCAAUGAAUUGGCUGGCAACUCCUUUAUGAUAUUCUGCAGCACCUGUAACAAUACUCAGAGAACGGCUUUGCUACUCCGAAAUCUCGGGUUCACUGCCAUCCCCCUCCACGGACAGAUGAGUCAGAGCAAGCGCCUUGGAUCCCUUAAUAAGUUUAAGGCCAAGGCUCGUUCCAUUCUUCUAGCAACUGAUGUUGCCAGCAGAGGUCUAGAUAUACCCCAUGUGGAUGUCGUGGUCAAUUUCGACAUUCCGACUCAUUCUAAGGAUUAUAUCCAUCGAGUGGGGCGGACUGCCAGAGCCGGGCGUUCUGGAAAGGCCAUUACUUUUGUCACACAGUAUGAUGUGGAACUCUUCCAGCGCAUUGAGCACUUGAUUGGGAAGAAACUGCCCGUCUUUCCGACACAGGAUGAGGAGGUUAUGAUGCUCACAGAACGUGUGAAUGAAGCCCAGAGAUUUGCCCGAAUGGAGUUAAGGGAACAUGGAGAAAAGAAGAAACGUAAGCGAGAGGAUGCAGGGGAUGACGAUGAUACCGAGGGCGCCAUGGGUGUGCGGAACAAGGUGGCCGGAGGGAAAAUGAAGAAGCGGAAAGGCCGCUAGUGGCUGCGGCGAGACCGGGCUUCUGCUCUGCAGCUGUGAAGAGAUGGAAGGCGGCAGUGGACCCGCCUUCCCCUCCAACAGUUCUGAGACUCCAAUCUUUAAAUCCUGUCCAGAGGCCGGUCAGCCCGCUGGGAGCUCAGUUUUCUCUCUGAGGGAUGGAGCAUCAUUGCAGUGGGACAGCUCUGACCGUGUUGACCCGGACUGACCUGUGACUCAAGUGCCGUGGGCCCUUGUGCAUUUCUGCUUUUUCCACCUGCAAGCCAAGGGCCCGCUGAUGAAGAGCAUCGUCUGUAGUUAAUUGUAAAGCUUUUACAGAGGGGGUGUAAAUCUAUCUCAGCUGUCAUUAAGUCUGAUAUGGAACAAUACUUAUUAUUUUUAAAGAUAUAUUUUUAUUA